UCCGCUAACAUUUUCACAAUAAAACAUUUGUUUGUCAUUUACUGAUUACUAAAAAGCAUUUAUAUCGUUGAUCAUACAUAAUUGCAAUAUUUUUGGCGCGAACUCCAUUCAGCGCGUGGCCUGUGUCCGCUGAGUGAAGUUAAAACAUGAACUGCUGCUCUGUUCAGAAAAUAAAGAAAUCUUUGCUUACUACAUUAAAUUUCCCUUAUAGUCAUAAACUAUGAGAUGAUUAUCGUGAGAAGUAUUUUUUACCUCAUGAAAUUUAAAUAUAAUGAAAGAAUCCACGAGGUUAAUUUACACGUACACGGCACUGUAUCUCAUCUGUUUAAAAGUGUGAACACUAAAUACAGCCUGUCACACCGGACUUCAAUAGUAAUGCUCGGUUCUGGUGCCCAUCUGGCACUGUGCUCUCGGUCCAAUGGAAGGCUCUGGGCAGCAGUGGACCCGUCAGCCAGCUGGAUCUGUUUGGGUUAUAGUGCCAGAGAUGAAGCUGAUGUCUGUGAGUUUCAAGGUCAAAGGUUAAAUAGUGAUGGGGAUAUUCUGAAUACUCAAGAGGGUCUAACAUCUUACGACUGUAACCAGUGCCAUCAUAUUUCACCCUCAGAUAUCUUCGGGGUACAAUUGAGGGAAGUUAUCAGCGACUCCUCACGUUUAAAUGACAGGAGCAACUGUGAGAUGCAGUUUAAGAGCUUCUUCCAGGCAGAUGUCCAAAGCAUUUGUGAUGUUACAAGGCCCGACGAAUGUCCUUUAUGCUUCAUCUUUUGCUGCAGUUUGACUGUUCGAGAGACAUCAAGGUGAGAAGAAACCAGAAGACAGUCUGAGAACAGAAAUGGGAGUAAGGCUGUCAAAAAAUGCGGUGGACGUAGAGGCGAUGACAUCCGGACGAAAGAGUGCGGGUCAGGAGGAAAAUCUUCCGACGGUCGAACGUAUCAGGAAACACGCCGUCACCCACUUCGGCUACAGCGUCCUCAUCUUGGCUCGCAGGGGUAUGGUGGAUCUUCCGGAGGAAUUAUGGGAACUGACAGAACUGCAAAAACUCAACUUGUCGCUCAACGUCCUGCGAUCCAUACCCUCUUCUCUGGGUCUCCUUCAAAACCUGGUGGUGCUAAAUCUUUGGGGGAACCAGUUGACCAGCUUGCCUUCUGAAAUCGGUCAGCUCAGGAACUUAAAGGUCCUCUUUGCGUAUCGCAACCGACUAAGCGAAGUUCCUGAGGAACUGGGCCGCUGCACCAAACUGGAGGUGUUGAGUCUCGCCAACAACCAGCUCGCCGGACUCCCAGCGUCCCUGUCGGCCCUCGCCGGACUGAAGAAGCUCAACCUGAGCCACAAUCGCAUAACGCUCAUCCCGGGGUGCGUCUACACCAUGAAGAACCUGGUGUUUUUGGAGCUGGCUUGCAACAGACUCGAAAACAUCGCAGAUCAGAUUCAGGCACUUGCUAAUUUAAAAAUCCUUAUCGUCGAGGGCAACUGCAUUCAUUCGCUUCCCAAGAUGCUCUGCUGUCUGACCAAGUUGGAGCUGCUGAAUGUGGACUUUAAUGAUCUUCAGAACGUGCCUGUGGAGAUGCAUCAGCUGAGAGGUCUGGAGAGGUUAGCCUGCCAUCCGCUGGACAAAGGUCUUCACAUCAAACACAAUCCUCUGCUGAAGCCUAUUAAAGAUGUUCUGGACGGAGGUCUCCAGGCGCUUUACAGCUAUCUGAAGGCUACAUGAAACAAUUCAUGUCUGGAAACUUAAUGGAUGUUGAUCGUCUCUGAGAGAUGUAGCUUUGAUACUUCACACAUAGAGACUAAAUCAGAAUGAUGUGAUUCAUGUCUCUGUAUCUGCUGUGUUUUCUUGUUGAUAGAAAACAUAGAAUUAUUUAUUCAAAGUAGUAACAUAAAUAACAUAAAUAUUAAGUAAGUAAAAUCAACCUUUUGAGCAUACCAGUAGUUACAAAUUACAAAAUAAGAGGAUAAACACAAUGUUGAACAAAUUAUAAUAAAAUUGAAAAAAAGAAUAAUAUAAACAUCACAAAACACUAUAAAAGAGGCUUAUUCAAGAUUUUUUAUUAUUUAUUAUUAAGUCAAAGCCCAACUUUAAUAAAUGUAAUGAAUAAAAAACUUUGACAGAUCAAGAAAUUGAAAAGCAAAUGUAAAUCCUUGUUUUCCAAAAAGAUAACAUCUCUGCAAAAUGGCUGUAUCAUUUCACAAAAAACA